UAUUAUGUUAAUCCAUCAGUGUGUUGCACAAUAUUAAAGAGGUUCAUAGAAAAUAACCUUGAUAAUUUUGUUCAAGUUUUCAUCUGAAAAUAUGGCAUACUCAUUCUUCUUUUCGAUACUGGUUGUUGUCAUUUUAUUCUCCAACAUUUGCAGGGUGGCAUCUAGUGAUGAACAUCGUGCAAAACUUGGACCAUUGAACGUCUUUAAACAAGAUCUGAAAAGUCAAAGAUCCAUUGGUGUCAUAGAAAAAAUACUUUUACUUCAAAAAAAAAUCUUGGCCACUCUAAUUAAAGCUAAAGAAUGUAAGAACGAAGAAAAAGCAAAAGAUUGCUCAGAGCUUUACAAGAAAGGUAAAAGAAAAAGUGGAAUCUACAAGAUUGAUCCGGACAAUCGAGGCAGUUUUAAUGUAUGGUGUGACAUGAAGACAUCAGAUGGUGGCUGGACCGUGUUUCAACGUCGUCUUGAUGGUAGUGUUGAUUUCUACAGAGGAUGGCAAGAUUACAAAAAUGGCUUUGGAAAUCUAAAAUCCGAGUUUUGGCUUGGAUUAGAUAAAAUAAGCAGACUGACAUCUAGAACACAAAACAAACUUCGGAUUGACAUGGAAGACACUAAAGGAAACAAAAAAUACGCCGAAUAUGACUUCUUUUCUGUUACAAGUGAAAAGCAGAAAUACAAGUUGGGCCUUGGAAAAUAUUCAGGAACAGCUGGUGAUUCGUUCAGUUCCCAUAAAGGAAUGGCAUUUUCGACAAAAGAUUCUGACAACGAUAAAAGCUCUGGCAAUUGUGCAAUCGUGUUUAAGGGCGCAUGGUGGUAUGAAAGUUGUCAUGCUUCUAAUUUAAACGGGAUCUAUCAUCAUGGUAAACACUCGUCAUAUGCUGAUGGUAUCAAUUGGCAUGCGUGGAAAGGCCAUCACUACUCCUUGAAAAGCACUUCCAUGAAAAUACGAUCUCGUAAUUUUUUACUUAAGAAGUGAGAACUUUCGUUUCUUUUCAUUUUUUGCUUUUAAUAUCAUAGUGCAUGCAUACAAACUUGAAACUGUAUACUUUAGAAUGAACUUCAUUAGUUUUUUUAUACAUUUAAGUAGCUACAUUUCAUUUAACUUUCUUGAAUGAAAUAUUGUUCUUUUUGAGAAAAAUCUGAUUAAUAAUGUAUAUUUUUGUGUCAUUUAACGUCUUUGUUGGCCUAGCUUUUAAUUGACUCAACCCAAGCAACGCCACAUUGCUUACAACACUGGGAUGUAGUAAAAAUUUAAAAUUUAAAAUUUCAAAAUUAAAAAUUUCACUUAUUAGAAUUUUACAAAAAUUUGCAUUUCCAAAGUGUAACAAAAGUAUGUUGUAUCAAAUAUACAGUAAUUUUGCUGGUGUAAUAUUUACCAAAA